AUGACCAAAACAAUCACCAUAAUCGGCGCCACCGGCACCCAAGGCGGCUCCGUCAUCCGCGCCCUCCUCUCCACCCCGUCCCCGUCCCCGUCACCCUACACGACCAUCCGCGCCAUCACCCGCGACCCCACCAGCGCCGCCGCGCAGGCCCUCGCCGCGCAAGGCGUCCACCUCAUCCCCGCCGACCUGCACGACCCGACCUCCCUUGCGACCGCAUUCGCCGGCACCCACGCCAUCUUCGCGGUGACCAACUUCUUCGAGGCGCUGCCCACCCACGGCGUCGACGGCGCCAUGGCGCUCGAAACCCAGCUGGGGAUCAACAUCGCCACCGCGGCGGCCACCGCCGCAGCGACGACGCUGGAGCACUUCGUCUGGUCGACGCUGCCGGACUCCGCGGCCAACACCGCGGGGCAGGUCGUGGUGCCCUACUACGAGAGCAAGCGCCGCGUGGACGCGUUCAUUGCCCGGGAAUUGCCGGGGCUGUGGGCCAAGACGACCUUUCUUUGGGUCGGGUGGUAUAGUGCCAACAUGCUGCUGCCGUGCUUUUGGCCGAUGAGGGUGCGUGGGGCGGAAGGUGGGGGUGGGUUCUUGGUGUUGACGAAUAUCGAUCCCGCGACGAGGAUUCCGGUGGUGGGGGAUGAGAGGGUUAAUGUGGGGGUGUUUGUGAAAGCGGUUCUGGAGAAGCCGGGCAGGACGCUGCCGGGGAGGGUUGUGGCGGCGAUCACGGGGUAUCGGGGGUUGGGGGAGGUGGUGGAGGCGUUUGGGAAUGCGAAGGGGGUGAAGGUAAGGUGUGUGAGGGUUGGGAGGGAGGAUUAUCGGGCGUUGUGGCCUGGGUUGGCGGAGUUGAUGGACGUGUCGCAUUAUUACUUUCAGGUUACGGAUGGGAGGUCUUUCGCUGCGGUGGGAGGAGAGGCGGUUCUGAGUGCGGAGGAUCUAGGGGUGGAGGGGUUGGUGGGGCUGGAGGAGGCCUUUGCGGGGGUGUCUUGGGUGGAUUGA